AACUGUUUGCCGAGUGCACACAGAAGGGAGCUAAGCGAAAUAGAAGAUAAGAGAGCUAUUCGGCUCAUUUAUAUGGUAAUGAGAUGAUACCGAUCGGUAUAAAUUGGACAAAGGAUCAAAGUUUCGGCAGCAGAAAUAUUGCGCGCUGUUUAUCAGAAAGAUCGGAUAGGAACACAAAGUUCUCCAACGUUUGCGGCUUUACACGGAUGAGACAGGCAGGCAGACAGACAGCGAGGCACGUACCUUGUUUGUUUGGAAGAAAACGAACUUGUGAGAAUUCGGCGAGAGGGAAAUAUAUAUGUGAAAUAGAUCGGAUAAAACCGAAGUGAAGAAGGGAAAAAUGACGGAAAAUAAAACUGACGAGCCAGGGAAGUUUCGGCAGCUUCUCGUUGCGUUAAUCGCAAACAUUUCGUCCUUUUCGUUUGGAACGAUGAUAGGUUGGCAAUCGCCGACGAUACCGCAACUACAAAGUGAAAAUCCUCCAGUAGGUAACGAGCCGAUGACGAACGAGGCGGCAUCCUGGUUGACCGGGAUCAUGUGCCUAACGGCCGCUUUAACAAGCUUGAUAGUCGGCGCAAUAGUGAAUCGAUUCGGACAUAAAGUGACAGGAUAUCUGAUUGCUUUGGCGCAUUGUACCAGCUGGUUGUUCAUCAUCUUCGCGGCGCAACAGAUCCAUUUAUUUAUCGGCCUUUUCUUUUCGGGCAUAUCUGGCGGGAUGACGUUGUUCUCGGUGCCGCUGUACGUGUCUGAAAUCGCGAGCGAUGGGAUACGCGGGAUGCUAGGCAGCCUGAUGGUAUUCGUGCUGAACGGCGGUAUUCUUUUCGCCUACGUACUCGGCGCUCUGCUCCCGUAUCAGUGGUAUUCGAUCACGAUGUUCGCGUUUCCUCUAAUUUAUAUCGCCACGUUUCUUUUCGUACCGGAAUCGCCUGUAUAUCUGAUGCGAAGCAAUCGGACCAACGAUGCAUCUAGAUCUCUGACGUGGUUGAGAGGUGGGCAGAAGUCGGUGGCUGAGCAAGAAAUGUUGCGCCUGCAGCAGGAAGCGAAAGAGAGAAACGUCUCGGGACCAUUGAUGAACAAACUGUCGGAGCUGUUUCGAGAUCGGGCGACAAUUAAAGGGCUGUGCAUCACGCUAGGAAUGUUUUGUGGGCAACAACUUGCCGGGAUAUUUAUUAUGAUAAGCUACACGGAAACAAUAUUCAAGUUGUCGGGAAGUUCGUUGUCACCGAAUGGUUCGGCAAUUAUCGUUGGCAUGAUUCAAGUGUUCGGUUCGUGGUUAUCUACCACGUUGAUGGAAAGAGCCGGUAGAAGACCGUUGCUUUUGAUCUCCUGCUUGGGAAUGGGCACGUGUCACUGUGUCCUCGGAGUGUUUUGUUAUCUGCAAACGCUCGGAUACGACGUUAGCAAAUUCAGUUGGAUCUCGAUCAUAGCGUUGUCAGUCUUCAUGGUCGCGUACGGUUUGGGUAUGGGGCCAGGCCCAUACGUCAUCUCCUCGGAAAUACUUAGCAGAGAUGUUUCGAGCAUGGUGGUGACGCUCGGGAUGUUUACCGCUUGGGCAAUGGCUUUCAUCGUCGUUAAAUUAUUUCCAACCGUAGUCAAUUUGUUGGGUAUACACGGUUGUUUCUUUCUGCUCGGUAUUUUCUGCGCGAUUACAUUCGCGUUCAUUUUCAUCCUCAUCCCAGAAACGAAGGGUUUGCCUCGUCAGGUAAUUCUGGAUCGACUAAACGGUGUAUCUUCCUCAUUAAACGAAACGCAAUAUGUCUCGUCGCAGGAGUGUAAUGAAAAAGGUGUACCGCUGUCCGAACUAAUUUAACAAACAUUGUAAGUAACGAAAGGUCUUUUCUUUUUCACU